AUGCUAGCGGAAAUUAGCAGUUUGUUGAGUGAAAAGCAGUACAAUAUUAUUGUGAUCAAAUGCGAAGACCUGAGCUCACCUGCUUUCUUGCAACUGUGCAUUGUUGAUUAUGCGAUGAAAAAGGAUGUGAAAGUCGUCUGUGUAUCGGCAAUACGAAACAUGCUAGCUUUUAAGGCGAUGGCAAGUAAAGUAAUGAUACGACUAUCAGAAAAGCUGAAGUUUUUGUCAGUGGGCGAGCUCCUCCCCAGUGGUUUUAUUAGUGAUAAUGAUAACACGUUUUUCGCAUGCAUUUUGAAGGAAAUUAGUAAGCAUAUUGAAGAGGAGGAUAAAGAAAUAUUCAUCAUAUUUGACAGUUUCACGGUGUUCCAUGAUUUCACUAACACCGUUUCACAUAUUCCUGCAUUUAUGCGGCACCUGCAACAAUUCAAUAAGGAUUUAAAAAUCAAAUUGGUAGUAACUUUUCAAUCGAAGGACCAGAUUUCGAAUAUUAUUCUCCAUGAAAGUGACAUUGUUAUCAGGAUAAAACGUACUGGAAAUGGUUUUGCCAAAGACAUCACAGGACAGUUAUAUGUGAUGGAGCGCAGUGGUGAAGCGCCGUUUGCAGAAAAUAUUUUCAACUAUCAUUUGAGCGAUCGGUCUGCACGACUUUUUCCUCCCGGAAUGUCAAGGCCGAAAUUAUGA